AGCCUUUAUUCAAAGGCGGUGCUUGUACCCAUGGAGUGACGUUGAAACGUAACGACUUUUUUGUACUUCAGUCAGAAGUGAUUUACUAGGAGGGGAGUUGGCGUCGAGGUCUAACGCAUGCUGUUUUAUAAUUUUAACUUUUUUGUUUUUAAUUUCAAAAUUGUUAAGUAAUCAGCUAGUCUUUGCCGCGGCGUGGUGUGGUCUAUCCUCCCCGAAUCAUUAAGUGGAUCAUGAACAAACUGUACGUAGGGAAUCUAAGUCCUACGGUCACGGUGGAGGACUUGAAGCAGCUCUUUGACGAGAGGAAGCUUCCCGUGACCGACCAGGUUCUGCUGAAAACUGGGUAUGCCUUCGUGGAUUUCCCGGAUCAGAAAUGGGCCAUCAAAGCCAUUGAGACUUUGUCAGGAAAAGCUGAGUUACACGGGAAAGUUAUUGAGGUGGACUACUCAGUUCCAAAAAAACUAAGGAGUCGUAAGAUCCAGGUUCGAAACAUUCCCCCUCAGCUACAGUGGGAGGUAUUGGAUGGCCUUCUAUCAGAUCACGGCGCCGUGGAGAACGUUGAACAAGUGAACACAGAUACAGACACAGCGGUGGUGAAUGUCACAUACGCAACUAAGGAGGAGGCAAAAGAGGCCCUUGAGAAGCUAACGGGCCACACGGUGGAAGACCACUCCCUCAGCGUGUCGUACAUACUGGACGCCGCCGCCGCCGCCUUGCUGCCCCCCCAGGCCCAGGGCCCCCCCAAGCUGCAUCGGGGCGGCCGGGGGCCCAGGACGGGGGACCCCCUGGACUACGGUGGCGGCGCGGCGGGGGGCCACAUGGGGAUGGGGGGCCUCACUGGGGGGCCCCGGCAGAGGCAGCCUGAGCUCCCGCUGCGCAUCCUAGUGCCCACGCAGUUCGUGGGGGCCAUCAUCGGCAAGGAGGGCCUCACCAUCAAGAACCUCACCAAAGAAACGCAGUCCAAGGUGGACAUCCACCGUAAGGAGAAUGCGGGUGCUGCGGAGAAGGCCAUCACCAUCCACUCCAGCCCUGAGGGCUGCUCCUCUGCCUGCCAGAAGAUCCUACACAUCAUGGAGAAGGAGGCCAACGACACCAACUCGGCUGAGGAGGUGCCUCUGAAGAUCCUGGCCCACAACAGCCUGGUGGGCCGGCUCAUCGGCAAGGAGGGCCGCAACCUCAAGAAGAUCGAGCAGGACACGGGGACCAAGAUCACCAUCUCCUCUCUACAGGACUUGACCAUCUACAACCCGGAGCGUACCAUUACGGUGCGGGGGGGUGUGGAGGAGUGCUGUAAUGCGGAGGUGGAGAUCAUGAGAAAGCUGAGGGAAGGGUACGAGAAUGACAUCGCUACCAUCAACCAGCAGACUAAUCUGAUCCCGGGUUUGAAUCUGAAUGCCCUGGGCAUCUUCUCCUCUGGGGUUCCCCUGCUGCCCUCCUCCGCGGGCCCCCACUCACUACAGGGCCCCGCCUCAGCCGCCGGGUACAACCCCUUUUUGGGUACUUCAUCACCGAUGGCAGGCCUCUACGGUCCUCCCCCGGUUGGAAACGUACCACACCAACUUCCAAUGCUGGAGCAGGAGGUGACGUACCUGUACAUCCCUACCCAAGCGGUGGGCGCUCUCAUUGGGAAGAAGGGCCAGCACAUCAAGGAGCUGGCCCGCUUUGCCGGAGCCUCCAUCAAGAUUGCCCCGGCAGAUAGCCCAGACUCAUCAGAGAGGAUGGUGAUCAUUACGGGACCUCCAGAAGCACAGUUUAAGGCUCAGGGCCGUAUCUUCGGGAAGCUGAAGGAGGAGAACUUCUUCACGGCCAAGGAGGAGGUGAAGCUGGAGACUCAGAUCAAAGUGCCCUCCUGUGCAGCCGGACGCGUCAUCGGGAAAGGAGGCAAAACGGUGAAUGAGCUUCAGAACCUCACCAGUGCUGAGGUCAUCGUUCCUCGGGAUCAGACGCCAGACGAGAACGACGAGGUGUUUGUGAAAAUCUUUGGACAUUUCUUCGCCAGUCAGACUGCACAGAGAAAAAUCCGAGAGAUCAUCCAGCAAGUGAAACAGCAGGAGCAGAAGCAGCAUCAGCCCCCUCCUCCUCCGCCACCUGCCCAGCAGCAGUCGAAGUGAGCUGCCUGGGGCCUGCGCUGCCUACUGUAUGGCCAACGACCGACCACCCAGCAGGCCAUGAAUGUACUGUUCUUCCCUCAGCUCCUGGAGUCUGGAGUCUGGACAAGGCAGGAGGGAGACGAGACGAGGAGAGACAGAGACAGACUGAUAGUGUGACAGAGACAUACAUGCAUACAAACAUACAGAGAGACAGAGAGAGAGCGAGAGAGGAAGGAGGAGUUUGCGGCAGAUGACCACGCGCCACUGGGGCGGAGAGAACCAAACCAAACCAAAGAGCCUCAUAUGGAAUGUUCUGGAAAAGGCGGGAAACCGGAGAAGCACGGCACUGAAGAGCGGAGAAGAAGGAGGAGGAGUAGAGAAAAAAAAACAUGGCCAGAAACUGUCAAACUGUACUGUUAUGAGCAGGGUAAACAGAGACACUGACAGAAAAUUGUAUAUAUAUAUAUGUAUAUAUUUAUACAUAUGUGUGUAUAUAUGUAUACAUUUACACAUAUAUGUGUAUGUAGAUAUUUAUACAUAUAUGUGUAUAUAUAUUAUUUUCUUACCGUGUUGUGGCCAUUGUUGGACUCCUCACAGAUCGGCCACUUGGAGGUGGCUGCUGGGACGUGCUCAGCAGUUUUGGAGUAUAGUUCUCUCUGAGGAGAGGAACUUCCGUUUACCUGUAGAGCAUUUUUAAUAAUGCUUUUAAGUGUGUGUGUGUGUGUGUGUGUGUGUGUGUGUGUGUGUGUGUGUGUGUGUGUGUGUGUGUGUGUGUGUGUGUGUGUGUAGGGAGUGUGCACUGCACACACACUUGUGAGAAACUCUGUGAAAGAAUUGCGUUUUAAUCAUAGACGGACCUGUGGAAAUAUUGAGGUCGGUACGCUUUCAACAGAGUAUAGAAUAACCAUAGAAUAACUACAGUGGUCAAAAGGCUUAACUAGGUUCUCAGAGCUAUGAUGAGUAGUAAGUAUCUCAAAAUUCAAAUUAGGUCUAAACUUUAGCUGCAGUUGUAAGCUGUUAAAGUGUUUUUUCUUCCCAUAACAAAAUUAGUUGCUUUAAAAGUGAGUAAAAAAAAAUGUUCGCAUUGAAAUGGUAAAUGUGACAAGCCAGUGUAAAGUUGUUUCUAGCACAUUUGCCAACAUUGAGAUCGCAGAUGUUCGUCCAUCUUAGAAACAUCGCUAACACUUUACUUGACGCCGGUGUCACAAGCAUGUCAUUGCAGUGUCAUAAUAGUGUUAUGCAUGUGUCAUAAACAUUAUGUCUAUAACCGAAUGUCACUUAAGGCCAACAGUCAUAAAAUGUUUAUGACAUGGACAUAAUGUUUAUGACUUCUCUAUGACUGUGUCAUGACACUAUUAUGACACUGUAAUGACAUGCUUAUGACACCGGCGCCAAGUAAAGUGUUACCGAAACAUCUACUUUGUAUUUGGCUUUGUUUCACACUUCAUACUGUAGGUUAGCAACAUGUACGCCCCAUGGAUUCUGACUGCUGGCUUAGUUGCCUGGAAACACUAGCAAAGAAGGCAUUGUCUUUCGAUCAGAGGUGUCAAAAGUAAAAGUAAAAGUAAAAAAAAGAAACACAGUUUCCUUCCAACACAAGUAACUUAUCUGAGUAACCAGUAUACCUGUGUACUUGUCUUGUGAUCAGCUAACUCUGCACUGGUUGGAUCAAGUUUGUGGUGGGUCCUUGUUAGGUUUUCUGUGUUUUUCAGUAACAACACAGUCUAUCUAUCUCAUUAGGUACAAUGGUGUAAAUGGUGAAACAGCUAUGUAAUGCCAUGUGCUAGUGUUGUAAUUACACCACAAAAGUACUUUUCCUUUUACUUUUGACACCUCUGCUUUCGAUUUACCUGGUUAUUAGUCAUUGAAGAGAGACUGUUAACAAAUAGUGUCUUUUUUUCAAAUAUAAGAAGAGGCAUACGUAAGGUAAAAGAAGAUAUUAUAGGCUGCCAGAUCUAUCAGAAACUGAAAUGGCUUAACGGUUCUUCUGACUGAUUAUGCAGAUUUAAUAGUCACCUGUUAGGUGGCGUUUACUCAUCUAAAGGCUGGUUUUUGACACUCUGAAUGUAUGGUGAGCCACUGCCUUUACACAAUAUGAAAAAGACAUCAAGAUUUGCGAAAGGUAGAAAACCUCUUGCCGCAAAAGGGUGUUCGUUCCCUGCCCCUCGCACUUGUCUCCCUCUCUCUCUCAGCCGUCGAUGUGUGGGGUCUGCCGCAAGGACCCUCUCUCUUUUUCGAUGUUGCAAAAAGCUCUGCCACUCCGGCCCCUGGCCUGACGCCACUGAUGGGUAACCUGGAUUCAGCCUCUGAGUCCAGCUUGCCCAUCUUUGCCAUUAACCUGCCCUGUCAACAGUUCCCUGUCCCUAUCGCCUCCCCUGUCCUCUAUGCCCUGUCCCCAGGUCUUACCCCCCACCCCCCAUCACCUGCCCUGCCCUGCCCUGCCCCUUCCCCCAAGACAGCAGUAGCACACACAGCCUUCUCUACGCCACCGUGGGUGUUUGUGUUUGUAUAUUUAUAUUAUAGAUAGGAAGAGUGGUGAAAUAUUUAUUGAAAUGUAGAUGACAAAAUAUUAACGUGAGCAAAAAUCAGUUGGCCCUCGUUUGGUUUUGGAUUAUGUUUUUUUUCUUCUUUUGUUUGCAAGGUUGAUUUUGUUUUCCCCUCGUAAUCUACUUUUAGGAGACAGUCUGGGGGUUUUAAAGUAACAUUAUUGAUUUGGUAAAGCAUCCAAAGAGAAAUUAAAGAGACUAUUAAGAUGAAUAGUAUGUCAUUAAAAUGAUGAUGGAUAACUUAUCUUUGGCCUAUAAUGUCACCGGAAAGGCCAUGUGAAAAUACAUUUUGUUUAAGUCUAUUUCUCCCCCCCACAACAGAUUAUCAGGUAGUUAUAUAAAGUUAUAUAUGGGUGAUGUGGAUGUUUUAUUUCCCAUAAAAAGACCAUCCUAGCAUCCAACAGCCUAAGCAACCAACCACCAUGCUGGAAUGUGAGCAGAGCAUCGUUAUCUCAGCAUGCUUAUCUACCAUUGGCCAAAUGUGAGCAGCGCAUAUGUCAGUAAAGUGGUUUGUGACUGGUCAAAAAAAGGAGAAAGGAAAAAACCUGCGCAUUUUAUUAUAACACUCUACCUCAAACAUCAGGGUACCUCAGUCCAAUAUUUUAUUUUUUCCUUAUUUUGGAUAUUUUGUAUACCUUUGGAAAGCUCAUGAGUAAUGAGCAAGUUUUUUUUAUUUUUUUAAAUAAAUGAUAAUGGCUACAAAAAGAGGAGAUAUUAGCUGGAGUCUUCAACAACAACCUAUGCUACUCAUUCAAACAUGGAUUCAAACAUGGAGUUCAAAAGAUCCUGCAAUCUUCUCAUCUGCACCGUACUUAAUAGAGUCUGCAGAUCACUUCUUAAUAUUGAGGAGAACUUCAUGUGCUGACCAGGACGUGUUGCUCAAAAUAAAAAAAAUAUGUAUGCCAUCACUUGGAAAUAACCUAGAUAUUUAUCGUCUCAAGGCUGAUGUCAACAAAAUACAAACAAACCUCAUGGCUGCAAUGAUAUUUUGAGAAAAAAAUAAUUGGGUAACACUUAACUUGAUGCCGGUGUCAUAAGCAUGUCAUUACAGGGUCAUAAUAGUGUCAUAAUAGUGUUAUAGACAGCCAUAACCGAAUGUCACUUAAGGCCAACAGUCAUAAAAUGUUUAUGACCUGGACAUAAUGUUUAUGACUUAUCUAUGACUGUGUCAUGACACUAUUAUGACACUGUAAUGACAUGCUUAUGACACCGGCGUCAAGUAACGUGUUACCUAUAUUUGGGUAAGGAGGAGGUGUGCACACUCUCUACCCGAGUCAGCCCUUGACAUGAACAUCAACAAACUGUGUUUUCAGAUAUUCAGCAUUAUUAUCAUAUACCUAGUUCUCCCUGCUGGACUUUCUCAAGUCAUGUGAUCCAUUCUGUCACUGUGUGCCGAUGAUAUGGGAGCCCAGUCCAUUCUGAGGUAGUUUGGUCAUGUAAAAAAAGGGCUUGUUUUUCCCCACUGUAUUCCAGCCUACCCUUGUCUAUUUCAAGCCACGUUAGAACAUAACAGUAGCUAAAUAAGAUUGGCAUAUGGUUCUCUUCUUUCUGCUGUUUUAUUAGUUUAGGAGUUAAAAAAAAACAAUCACAUGUCUAUUCUUCUUUUUUUUGUGGUGUUUCUCAAAAUAUUUCUUAACAAAAAACACUGUUAUUCUAGCAGUCGGGUCAGUUUUCCUACUCUUUGGUUCACAGGCGUUCGAAAAAAAAAAAAGAAAUAAUAGCAUACCCAUUGUCAUAUUUUUAUUUAGUUUGUGGGUCAGGUAGUCGUAGAAUAUCAUAUACACUGAGUGUCACCAUGGGGUUAUCUGGUUCCAUUUUGGUUUCUUCUCAGCAUCUACAUCUGAAGAGCUCUUUUCCAAAACGAGAUAUCCACCAUUUUUGACUUUUUUUACAUUUUAAUAUUGGAAUUGACUGUUAAGAAGUCCAAUCAUCUAUGUUUGACUUCUUGCCAUUCAAAUGUUUUGAGAACAUACUUUUACACCUCUAUAAAAAUGCAUUUUGCAAUUCAAUUCAAUGGAAUGUCAAUACAAAAAUGUCAAAAAUGUCCUAACAUUCUACAAAAUGGAUAUGUCUCAUUUUGGAAAAGAGCUCUUCGUAUCAUCUCAGAUUAAAACGAACAGGAGGGCCAGGGAAAGGAGCAUGUUGAGGUGGAGUUUGUAUUCUGUCAAGUCAUUAUCUAACCUUGUGUCCUCUCCUUGUGCUUGCACUUCACUGUAGCCUCACCUCUGUGGAGAAAACAAUAAAGUUUCUCUGCUGUCAGCAUGGGCACAACAAUUUUUGGAGGGAACUUUUCCCCAUUCAACAUCUCGACUGCAAAUGAGGAAAGGACCUUUCAAUUGUAAUUUUGCAAGAUAUUGAGAAUAAAACUUCUAUCUCAAUGAUCACAAGCCAGAGGAGAGGAUGGGAGGUUAGAUGUUGAGUUGGACCUUGUACUGUUCCUCCUCAAGGCUUCUCCCCCCCUCCCACUGUCACCUUCACUGAAGACCCAACACAACUGGCUGCCUUGAGUGUCUGUCACAUAGCUCUCACCCAAUCACAUUCCAGAAGCUGGAGUCGGUAGGAGGUGAGAUGGAAUUUGUAACAGCUCAAAGCUCAGGGAAGAGUUGGAGAUUAGGAGGUCUAUGGAGAUGCUUAUGCCUUAUUGGUGAUGGUCAGGAUUUCAGUGUGGAAUUAGUGGGUUAAAAAUACAUGUGUAACUGCCGACCGACCCGGAUAAUAUCAGCAAUAAAGAGUCUUUAAAAACUA